AUGAGUGCUCCGUUAAUCCCAAACAAGUCAUUUUAUGCCCAGCUUCAGGACAACCAGAGUGAAAUAAAAAAUAAUAAUGAAAGCAUAGUGAGUGUAGGGGAUACCAAUGCCAACCAAAUUGUGACAAAAGUUAGAAGUACUGAAGGAGAUGUUAAAAAACGGAAUCUAACAGAUGAGAGUGGGAAUAUACAUUCUGGAGGGUCAGAGAAAGUUACUCAACUGAAUACGGAGCACCAUAAACUGCUGACCUUCAAAGACUCUCGGACCUGUCACACCAGUGUACAGGAAAGUAAGCUGCCCUCCACCACAAGCAGGGACAUGGGGAGAGAUUGUAGUACCAGCGAAGUGAAGGAUAUAUCAAGACAUAUCAGGAUUAGUCGAGGACAAAGUCUGUCCAAUUUAAAAAGUAGCACAAAUGAUGCCAACCUGGAGGUUAUUUCUAAAGGUGAUGUUGACUUCACCCAGAACUUUUCUAAGAGCAAAAUAUGCAGGACUGUGGAGAUGGAGAGAAUAAAAAGGCUUUCUUUGGGAAGACCAAGUAAAUUGUCUCCUCAGUCUGAAGCAUUUUCAAAAGACUGUGCUGGCCGUGUGCCGUGUAAACGUCUGCUUUCUGCAUCACUGGACUCCAUCGACAGGUCACACCAUUUGAUAGGAAACACAGAGAAAUCACAAAAAACAUCCACGGAUCAUUUUCUUGGGAUGGUGUUUCAUCCACUUGGCAAUACCUCAGAGGAAAACAUUGUAUUUUAUUCCAAACCAUCUACCUCAGGGAACAAGACAAUAAGUAAACCAGAAAAUGUACCAAAUGUUAACGUUGAAAGCACACUGCAAACUUCUCAUUCUCAGCAUUUACCUGUUAAGUCCAAUGAGAUUGCCAGUAAAUCAGAAGCACAAUUAGGUCAGGGUGAUAAAAGUAAAAAAUUGGAGCUUAAGACUGCACCAUCUCCACAAUCUAAAAAUCCAUGUCAACAAAAGAUUGAGAGGAUUAUGCUGGUAGAGUUCGUGGAAUGUCAAAAUGAUGAAAACACAGCAAUUCAGGAACAGAAAGACUCUGGGUCUGACACAUCAAAAUUUCAAGCAUCACGUUUUCAAGACAUCUGCAGUAAAGGAGAGGAUGCAUUAUCAAGCCAGGUGGUAACCUGUCCUGAUGACAAAAUGCUAAGCGAUAACAUCACCAUUGAAGGGGUAAGGGUACAAAGCAAUGACAGUGACAGCAGGGCAACUAGCCGUGUUGGUGAGGAAUAUUUUACUGACAAAGAAGUGGAAAGAGUAUUCCCACUCACCUGUGGUAGUAAAUCCAGUGGCAGAGUGACACCUAGGAAAAAUGAAAAUUUACAUGAAGUUGACACAGGAUGUGCUGAAACAGUUGGUAAACAGAUCUCUCUUACACAUAACAUGAAUCUACCUGACAGCAAACCCUUGAAAGGUAAUGAGAAUAAACUGACGCUAGUCAAAGGAAGCACCGAGGAUGCUGCUGUGCCUGCUUCUGCUCUCUCUGAUCAUCAAAGAGAGUGCAGUGCAGAGACAGUGUCACACCAACAACCUGACAACCAUGACAGUGAUGGGGAAACCUCACACUUUUCAGUUCCAAGUGAAAAAACAGCUAACGGACAGAAACAGGAAGCACCAGAGAGCUGUAAUGUUUCAGCAAAGGCUGAUGCCUUUUUAUGUGUUCCAACUCCCAUGUGCCCAGUGGCAACACUGGACGUUAGUAGUCAACCCAUGCUAUCAAACAGUAAUUUAAAGGACCUUUGUACAGUUCAUGUCAGCAAACUGUCACCCUCCUCAGUCCUACCUCCCUCUGACAGUACGCAGUUGUUAAACAUAUCCCCUAAAGUGCCUAUCAAGACUGCUUGCAGCAGUGCCAUCCCCAAACCUAUCCUGGUCCACUCCAAGGGCUCCCUCCCAGAUAAGGCAGAUGUGGACAGUGACUGCAGUGAAAAGCUGGAAGAAACCAUUGAGAUUAAACCUGCCAUACCCAGGCCCAAACCUGUGAGACCUAAAAUCAUCACAUACAUUAGAAGAAACCCUCGUUCGAUAGAGCAGCUCGACCCUUCAUUUGCACCAGCAGGGCUGCCCUUCGCUAGCCCUGCGUGUGGCAUGCCCGUCUCUACAGAGCAGAAAGUGUCCAACGGAGGGGAGGCGAAGCCCACCAGCAUCCUGUAUGACAAAUUUAAACCUGAUCUCCAGAAGCCAAGACUCUUCAGUUCUGGACUGGUCGUGUCAGGAAUUAGGCCUACAGGUCAUCACUUCAGCCCGAUGAGUGAGAAGUUUCUUCAGGAGGUUGGGGAAAGGCCUGCAAAAGAUGAAUUUUGCCCUCCACCAUAUACUCACUACGAGGUCCCACCAAGUUUUUAUCGAUCUGCCAUGAUACUGAAGCCACAGUUAGGACUGGGUGCAGUGUCCAGGUUGCCAUCUGCAAAGAGCAGGAUUCUCAUUGCAAGUCAAAGAUCCUCAGGUAGCUGUCUCCACCAGCAGGGAGAAAUUACGAGUGCUCCCAGCCUCUAUCAUCCUGAUGCUUCAGGUGAUCUCAAGAAAGGCUCAUGUCCAAGUGCUGCAAAAUCAAAUCUCCCCAAGCCCUGCCAGUCUGGACUUCGUCCUCCAGGUUAUUCGCGGCUGCCAGCAGCUAAGCUGGCUGCAUUUGGUUUUGUCAGGAGCUCAAGUGUGUCCUCUGUCUCCAGCAACCAGUCAAACGAGAGUGCUCAGAGCGAUCAAAGCAGGACGACCAACCGUUCCAGCUUUGGAAAUGAAGAGCAAACUGCUCCUAAGGCAUCUGCACCUUCUAAAGAUGUCCCCAAGGGAAGCAGCAAGAGCAUGACCCAGGUAUCGAGCAGCACAGCAACUCCACGCAGGAGCUUACUUCCAGCACCAAAAACUGCUACAGCACCUACUGGUGUAAAGAAAGAAAUACAAAAAGAUCAGGAUGCCAACAGACCAGCUGUCUCAUCUCCUAAGAGAUCAGCAGUAACAGCUACCAAGCUCCAUUCGCCAGGACAUCCCAAGCAAAGAUCAACCACCCCAAGGAAUGGAUUCUCCCCCAAACCAGGAGAAAGUCGAGAUUCUGAAAAGCAGUUCAUUCAGAGACUGAAGGAAAAGUGUGAUGAGCAGUCCCGGCAAUUAAGCAACAUUCAAGAAGAGCUUAAAAGGGCCAUCUAUGGCUUUGAUGUCUUUGCUGUAACAACACAGCACUUUUUCAGGCAGAAUGAAAAUGCCCUUGUGAAAAUAAAGGAGUUGGGAUAUGAACUUGCAAAGAUGAGGGAUGAAGUUGCCCUCAACACAGCAAGAUGUGAGAAACAGCAAAGAGAAAAAGAGGAGCUGAAGAGGUCCUUUGAGGAGGAGGUGAAGCAGCUGUGCAGGCAGCAGCAGCAGGAUCUGCAGGUGAUGGAGCAGCAGCUGCAGGAGGAGUACAAUAACAAGAAAGAGAGCCUGCAGGAACAGCACAGGCUGCAGCUAGAGCAAGUCAAAUUGCAGCAUCAGGAUCAGGUGGAAGAUAUCACAGCUCUACACGAAACUGCAAUGGUACAGUUGGAAAAUAACCACUUAGUUGCUAUUACAGUACUGCAGGAUGAGAACGACUGCAAAAUUCAAGAACUGACUGCUGCUCACAAACUGGAAAAGACCCAAUUAGAAGAGGCUUUUGAAAAACUGCGGCUCUCACUCCAGGACCAGAUAGACAUCCUCACCUUCCAGAACCAGACUCUCAAGGCCAAAGCAGAGCGAUUUGAAGAGGCUCUGAAGAAGAACAAUGAGGAACAACUGAAGAUUGCACGAGCUCCAUAUCAGCACUUAGAAAAAGACCUGAAGAGCUUAAAAUACGUUCUGGAAAUGAAGAACAAUCAGAUUCACAAACAAGAGAAGAUGAUUAUGGAGCUAGAAAAACAGGCUGAAAAAAAUUUAAAACUGGAAGAAAAAAUCACCAAGCUGCAACAGCAGAAUGAAGAACUCAGAGCCAGGAUUGAGAAAAAUACUGUCAUAACAAGGCAAUUGUCAAAGGAAAAUGCUAACCUUCAAGAAUAUGUUGAGAAAGAAAUGGAGGAGAAGAAGAAGUUGAGCAAGACUAAUGAAGAGCUCCUCUGGAAGCUACAGGAGGAAGAUGCUACAAGCCCUGUAAAACUCCAGUCCUCACCGUCCACUUCUUUUCAUCGGUGCCCGUCAAGAAACUCCUCUCCAGCAAAAGUCAGAACCUUGCAGCACUGA